GCUAUUUCUUGAUUUGAUGGAUUGAUUCGUUUUUCUUUUCCUCCGAUCUCUAUUGCAUGAAAUUACUUAAUGCUUUGUGUUGAGUGGCCACCAAUACAAUGAAUCGUAGUUAAUUAGGUUAUUAGCGACAGUGAAACCCUAUUAACUGAUCCUAUUUCAUGUGACAUAGUAACUUAUCGAAGCGACAGUGGAUUAAAUAAGGUGCUAUGCGGUCUUAAAUAGGAUAUCGAUCUUCACGCUGUAUAGUUAAUUCAUUGAGCUACGACAGUAGGAUUUGAAUUGAUUAUCUAGUACGUAGUAAUUCCCGACAGGGAUAGCUAGCACUUCCGUGAUAUCCUGGCUGUAGAGAGUUGGAUUAAACUGAUUAGAAUAUGUGAAUUAAUCUGGAUAGGAUAGGUAGUGAAUCCCGGUGUUUCUCCCAGAGCUUUCUCCAUUGAAUUUCCCUCGACCUUUUUACUUUGCUUAAUUAGUUAAUUUUGAUAGUAGUUAAUAAUCUCAUUAAACCAUUUUCACCUAUAGUUUGCUCUAUUAAAUCGGUAAAUCUUAAGGUUGUACUAGUCCCUGAGAGACGAUACCCGGACUUUCCGGUUUUACUACAAGAUAGGAUUAAGGCAUACGCUUUUGCCCUAUCAAGUUUUUGGCGCCGUUGCCGGGGACUGCCAUACCUUAUUUUUGUUGAAUUUUGUGAGUGAACUAUUUUGAUCUGGGUGUUAGUGUGCAGAAGAAUUUUCAGGUUUAUCCUCCUCGUGCAUGCCUAGGAGGACGACUAGCGAUUUACUGCCACUAGAUCCGGAGAUCGAGAAGACCUGCCGACAGAACAGGAAGCAGGUCAAGUUAGGGAAGCAGCCAACCACAACUCCUAGGCCUUCCCUAACCCACUAGUGCUUCAUGCGACGUCAGAGAAUACACGCUUUCACCCAAGUCUUGUGCCGACGUCAGGUUUGCGGAUUCCCCUUAUCCCUUGUACUGGCCUAUUGGGGUUCGCCUCGAGUCCUCGUGUCUCUUCUCCCCCUCCUUGCUCAAACUGUAGUUCUGAAGGUGAUUUUGGGGAGGAGCCUGUGGAUUUUAUCCCGCACCCUGGUAUGCUGAUACCUCCUUCCGAUUCGCAGGUGACACCCAUGGCUCGCAUACAAGAAGAUCAGGUUGUUCAGUUCUCACUGCGGAGGUUAAACCAGUGCAGUUUCGUAGCACUUGUGCGCUGGUGGGACAAGUGUUCACAACUAGCAAGGUGUUGGUCCUGGAGCUGAAGGAGUCGUUGAACUUCCCUGGGCAGGGGAAGGGUAAGAUCAAGGUGAUGAUGGCCAAACACGGAUUAUUUGAAUUUGUGUUGCCAAGUGAGGCAUCAAGGAACUGGGUGCUGAAACAAACUCUGUGGAUGAUAAAGGAUAAAAUACUGCAUGUUCAUGCUUGGGUUCCUAAUGCCUCGAAGAAGAUUUUCGAUGAGCUUAACGUCGCCCCCUUCCGUGUUCAACUCUGGGGGAUGCCGGAUGACUGUUGUACAAAACAGUUUGGCAGGAAGAUGGCUAACGACGCAAUUGGCCAUGUCCUAGAAUUAGGUGUUUUUACUUGUACGCACAUGGACCAGUGUUUCGUCAAGAUCAAGGCCUUAAUUGAUUUUCAAAGCCGUUAAGAUCCCAAAUUAUGGCAACUAGUGACGAAACAGGCUGCUUCUGGGUCAAUUUAAAAUACAAGCACUUGCCCUCGUUCUGUUUUAAGUGUGGCCGAGUUGGUCACAUGAUGAUUGAUGAGUGACUGUUCUUUUGACCCUCCCACCCGGAAAGAAAGAUUCGGACCCCAUAUGUCCACAAAGAAAUUGGCUAUCCGUCUCUAUGAUGAAGAUGACGAACUUCCAGCAUAUCGAGGUGGGUCAAGAAUAGUAUGGGUUAACAGAGAGGUUCAGGAACAACGGGAAGGUGAAGUGAGAUCCCAAAGUUGCGACGGACAGGAGGGGCUCCGUAUGGGAAAUAAAAAGGCCCAAUCCACGUCGCGCCAUCCCCAGAAGCAGCAGAUGGAUCCGGCCCCAGAGCGGAUAAAAAAGGGUCGCAGCCCCCGUGGGUUUAACGUGCGAAAAUCGCUGCGUAUCACUGUCGGUCGAGGAAUUAACCAAUCAACUCCUUGGACUAUGACUGGGGAGCAGCCUCGCCCGGGCAAGGAAAGAGCUCCACAGCCGGCAGAGAUGAUUGGGGGAGGCGUCGCGGUAGAGAAGGGUCAGUUGCUCGGCAGGCCGAGGACUCUAAUGCCAGUGACUCCCACUCCCAGACUGUUUACAUGAUGGAGAUGCGUGGGAAAGGGGAGUCGUUGCAGCGGCGGCCAGCAAAAAGCAACUUGCAUUGAGUACAGGUGUCGCUGGGUGAUGAAGAGAGUGAGUCGGAAUUGGGUGCAGCCGACCAGCCUGCCCAAAGAAUGAAUCCUCGCAGAACCAUGCAACAUGAAGGAAUCUGAAGAUGAUCUCCCUUUUUUGAAGCCCCCCAUGAAAACCAUGCAACAUGGGGAGAUGGAGAAGCCUGGUCACGAAAUUAUGAAAGCUCAUCCAAAGCCUAGGGGUCGGGCCGUGCCUCAAGCUGGGAGAGAACGAGUGGCGCCGCUCAAAGCUGCUCCACGUCGGCUAAGGAAGGCCUAAACUUCGAAGAAGAAUACUGGUUCGGAAGGGCAGCCCCGAGGAGGACGUACUCAUCAAUUGAUAAUAACAAGUCCUCGUUGUG